AUGAAGUCCACAAGUGCCUUCAUGCACGGCUCCAUCGCUAUUAUCCAAUAUUCUGCCAAUUUUUGCCACUUGCACAGGUCCAAUCCCACAGAAAAUCAGUUUGACAUGCAAUACAGAUUCCAACCGUUAAGAAAAUUUUCCCAGGAAAUCCAAUCUUUAUUCAAAUCUCAAACCUCAAACCAUCCCAGAAAUCAUCGACUUUCCCACAUUAUCUCACCAGAAAACCUUUCUUUUAUGGUUCCCCUUCAGAAUUAUUAUCAGUCCCAUACAAACCCAAAUUUUGACAAUUCCAAUAGAGACAAUCAGGAGUUUAUUGCACCAUUGCGAAAUGGUAAUGAAAAUUCCGUCAUAGACAACGAUGCUCUCAGAGUCCAAAACCUCCUCAAAGCUCAAGCCAACAAGACCUAUGAUGAGGUUGAAGAAGCUCUUAAUCAAUGCAGUGUAUCAGUAACCCAUGACUUUGUUCUCAGUGUGCUCCGACGACACAGUUCCGACUGGAAACCCGCUUACGCAUUCUUUAUCUGGGUGUCUAGAGGGGGAAAUCAAAGUGGGUAUCUGCCUGGGUCUGCUGUUUACAAUGAAAUUCUUGACAUUUUGGGACGAAUGAGACGGUUCGAUGAAUUGACCCAAGUGCUUGAUGAAAUGUCAAAGAGAAAGGGUAUCAUUAAGGAAAGAACAAUUGGAAUUGUGCUAAACAGAUAUUCAGCUGCACACAAGAUUGAAGAGGCAAUUGAACUUUUUUACCAGAGAAAAGAGUUUGGUCUGGAGCUUGAUUUGAUUGCCUUCCAGACACUUCUGGUGUCGCUGUGUCGGUAUAAGCAUGUAGAAGCGGCAGAAUUGUUGUUCCAAACUAAGAAAAAUGAGUUUCCGGAUGACAUAAAGACGAGGAAUAUUAUUCUUAAUGGAUGGUGUGUCUUGGGUAGCUUACGUGAGGCGAAGAGGUUUUGGAAUGAUAUUGUUUUAUCUAAGUCCAAGCUGGAUAGGUUUACAUAUGGCACUUUCAUAAAUUCAUUGACUAAAUCUGGGAGGAUAAACACGGCAAUGAAGUUGUUUCGCGCAAUGUGGGAGAAGGGUUGCAACCCAGAUGUCGCAAUAUGUAACAAUGUCAUUGAUGGAUUGUGUUUCAAGAAGAGGAUUCCUGAGGCUCUUGAGAUUUUUCAGCAAAUGAAUGAAAGAGAUUGUCUACCGAAUGUAGCCACUUAUAACUCGCUCAUUAAGCAUUUAUGUAAGAUUCAAAGGAUGGAAAAGGUCUGUGAACUUGUGGAUGAAAUGGAACAGAAGGGGGGUGGUUGUUUGCCAAAUGCUCGAACUUAUGGUUACUUGCUAAAUUCUUCGAAGAAACCAGAGGAAGUUGUUGGGAUUUUGGAGAGAAUGUACAGAAUUGGAUGCAAGAUGACUAGUGACACCUACAAUUUGUUGUUGAGACUGUUUAUGGGAUGGGAUGAGCAAGAGAGAGUAAAAAGUACUUGGUCUGAGAUGGAGAGGAGUGGAAUGGGACCUGACCAAAGAUCUUACACUAUUAUGAUUCAUGGGCUUUAUGACAAGGGAAGGAUGGAGGAUGCAUUGUGUUACUUCAAUGAGAUGACAUGGAAGGGAAUGGUACCUGAGCCGAGGACUAAGUUAUUGGUUAAUGCCAUGAAUAUUAAGUUGAAGGACAGAGAAAGUGAAUCAAGGGGGUAUGGGAGCAAUGAUCAACGACAACUCUUUGAAGUUUUUUCACACAAGAAGGGAAAGUUGAGCAGGAAAGCUAAGUAAUACGUACCUCAUUUUUUGUGUUGGACUUGGAACCCGUUUCAUGAGAAACCAUGAACUUGGUGCAACUGUCUUGGUAAACUUCUUGAAGAUUUGACCCUGUUAUGAACUUUCUGGACUUGGAAAGGCUGUUAAAAUAGUUUAGGUGUUGAGGCGACGAUAUGAGGAAUAUGUGAUUUUUAACACCAUGGAUUCAAAAAUUUUGGGGCCAAAAUUCAAUGGAAGGAAAAGAAAAUCUGUAUGCAUGAAUGUAUAUAUGGUAUUUG